CCUCUCCGGUCCCGGCCGCGGAUUGGCGGAGCGGGGCGAUGGCGGAAGGGCCGCCCAGCAUGGAGGAGCCGGAGGCGCGGGAGCUGCUGGCCUUCCUCCGGCCCGAGGCCCGCGGGGACCUGAAGGGCCGCGCCGUGCAGUUCGUGCUGGGGCUGACGGGGGGCGCCGAGGGCCGCCGCCUCCUGCUCGCCCGGCCGGACUUCCUGGCGGCGCUGCUGGCGCUGACCGGCGAGCCGGAGGCGGCGCUGGCCGAGGCCGCCUUCCACGCGCUGCUCAACCUGGCGGCGGAGCCGGGGGCGGCCGGGGCGCUGCGGGCGGGGAUGCCGGACCUGCUGCGCCGCCUGCUCGACCCCGCCUUUCCCCUGGCCGCCCCGGCCUGCGCGCUCCUGGCCAACUGGUCGCGCGAGGAGGGCCCGUGCCGGGAGCUGCUGGCCGAGGUGCAGCGGGGCGGGGCGGGGCUGGCGCCGCUGCUGGAGGCCUUCUGCGCGGAGGACCCCCGGCCCGGGGCCCCCUGGCACCACCUGGGCUCGCUGCUGGCCAACCUGAGCCAGCUCCCGGAGGCCCGCCGCGCCCUGCUCGACCGCUCCGGGUGCGUGGUGCAGAAGCUGCUGCCCUUCGUGCAGGACGCGGGCUCGGCGCUCCGGCGGCGCGGCGUGGCUAGAACGCUGCGGAACUGCUGCUUCGACCACCGGCACCACGAGUGGCUGCUGAGCGAGCAGGUGGACCUCCUGCCCUUCCUCCUCCUGCCCUUGGCCGGCCCCGAGGAGUUCCCGGAGGACGAGAUGGAAAGGCUGCCCCUGGACCUGCAGUACCUGCCAGCUGAGAAGCAGCGGGAGCCGGAAGCUGACAUUCGCAAGAUGCUCCUGGAGACGCUCCUGCUGCUCACAGCCACCAAGCCAGGGCGGCUCCUGGUGCGAGAGAGGGGCACCUACUUUGUCCUGCGAGAGCUGCACCAGUGGGAAGGGGACGGUGGGGUCCGCGCUGCCUGCGAGAAGCUCAUCCAGGUCCUGAUUGGUGACGAGCCGGAGGCUGGGAUGGAAAACCUACUGGAGGUGGAGAUCCCCACAGAGGUGGAGCAGCAGCUGCAGCACCUGGACCAGGAGGAGGAGGAGGAGGAGGUCUUGCUGGGAGGAAUUGCAUGAAAGUGGAAGGAGCCCCCACCCUCCAUUGGUGGGGGAGAAAGAACUUUCUUCUGUGUCGCUGGUCCUGGCACUUGGGCACCGAAAUCCCAGCACCUCCUUUGCUGCCGAAGGUGCCCCUUGGCACUGCCCAGUGACUCUGCAGUCUGGGCGAGAGAGGGCUGGCAUCCCUCCAGCCGCAGGAAGAGGGGAGUGAAGGGGGGCUGGAACUCCUCUCAAUAAAGGCUGUGGUGCACUUUU